UCACUGAUCAAGGUUCUUGGGGUUUGUUUUGGCUGUCAUUUUUCCAAGCAAUCAAAAAAGUCUUUUCCUUUCCCUUUCCCACCUCUCUCUCAUAUAUAUACAAAUAUUAAAUUUUAUUCCCCUGUUUUUCCUUUUGGGCCAUAUGAAAGGUGUUUUCCUUUAGCUCAAUGGUUUUUCUUUUUCAGUUCCUCCAAAUUCUCUCUCCAAAAUGCCCCAAAAUUUCAGUUCCCAUCCAAGAAAAGUCCAUUUCUUUGAAGUUUUAGAGAAUGGGGUUGCCUUCUGAGGAAAUGGGGUUUUGUUAUCUCUGAAGAAAUGGGGUUUUGUUAUCUUUGAAGAAACUGAGAGGAAGGGGAGGGGGAGGGGGGGAAAUAUGCCAACGGUUUGGUUGUCUUUGAAGAAAUCUUUGCAUUGCAAAUCAGAGCCAUCGGAAGUUCAUGACCCAAAAAGCAGGAAGAAUUUGGGAGCAAUUUUGACAAGAAAAACAGGGGGAGGAGGAAGAUCAGGGUGUUCGAGGUCCAUAGCGAAUCUCAAAGAUGUCAUCCAUGGCGGAAGCAGGAGGCAUUUGGAGAAACCCCCAAGUUGCAGCCCAAGAUCCAUUGGGAGUAGUGAGUUUCUUAACCCAAUAACCCACGAAGUCAUUCUCAGUAACUCUAGGUGCGAGCUCAAAAUCACCGGCUUUCAUGGCGGUUUACAAGAUGUGGCUGCCGGCACCGCCGCCGCCGAUGGUCAUGGUGGCGCUAACGGCGGUUCCACCUUUGUGGGUACUCUGACACCGGGUACCCCCGGCCCCGGUGGCCACCCCACUAUGCAUUACUUUAGGACUCCUUCCAGAAAGUUCCCCUUUAGAGAGGGUUUUGGAAGCUCUAAUAAAUCCGGCAGCGGCGGCGGCGGCGGCGGGGGUGGCGGUGGUGGAGUUAAUUCGAGCAAUAGAAUCUCUUUGGAGACGGAGAUUGGUGGGAAUGGGUCUUCUUCUGUGGUUACUUGCCAUAAAUGUGGAGAGCAGUUCAACAAAUGGGAGGCUGCUGAAGCUCAUCAUCUCUCUAAACAUGCUGUGACUGAGCUUGUGGAAGGAGAUUCAUCAAGGAAAAUUGUGGAGAUCAUAUGCAGAACAAGCUGGUUAAAGUCCGAGAAUCAAACUGGUAGAAUAGAAAGAGUGCUGAAAGUCCACAACAUGCAGCGAACGCUAGCCCGGUUCGAGGAGUAUCGCGAGACGGUUAAAACCAAAGCCAGCAAGCUCCCGAAGAAGCACCCUCGGUGCCUCGCCGACGGGAAUGAGCUCCUGCGAUUCUACGGCACCACGGUCGCAUGCUCGCUCGGCCUGAAUGGCUCCUCCAGCCUCUGCAUAUCGGAGAAAUGCUGCGUCUGCAGGAUCAUACGAAACGGGUUCUCGGCAAAGACCGAGAUGAAGGAAGGGAUUGGAGUUUUCACAACUUCGACGAGCGCAAGAGCAUUCAGCUCGAUCGAGGCAUCGGGAGGGGACGAGGUGGUGGCGAGGAAGGCGAUGAUAGUAUGCAGGGUGAUUGCUGGGAGAGUUCACAGGCCAUUGGAGAACAUACAAGAAAUGGCUGGGCAGACAGGGUUUGAUUCAUUGGCAGGGAAAGUUGGGCUGCAUUCUAAUAUAGAAGAACUUUAUUUGCUGAAUCCUAGAGCUUUGCUUCCAUGUUUUGUGGUAAUUUGCAAACCAUGAAGGAAAUCAUUGUGGUGGAUCUGUAAUUUUUUGUUUACCCAUUUAUAAAAAGGUUUGAAGCUUUUGUUGAUUGUUUA